GAGACCCCAUCGUCCAUCGAGAUUGACCGAAAUGCCCCCACUGACUUCGUCGAACCCAAGAAGCCGGCAGCCUGGACUAUUCUGUCCUCCCCCAUGAACAUACCGGUCAACCGUCUCCGUGCGUUAUCUAUAACGCAGUAUGUGACCUCCCCUCUCUUCUAGCUAGCCCACACAUAUAUACUGAAAGUCCUAAACACGCAAAGAAGACCGAACACUGAUGAGAAAGUUCGUGGCCACCUCCCACCUCCAUGGCCGAACUUAUUCAUGAAGCCACCGGGAAGAUGACGCAGCUCUGCCGGAGGAUCGCCCGCGUCAACAUACGGUGGAGGAUCGCCGAGCGGGUCUCGGUUUUCCGGGACUUCUUCCGGUUCGUCUGGGAGAGGAUCCUCGUUUGCUCCACGGGGCGGAUGGCGGGGGCCCGGUACCGGCGCCUGCCCCGCCGGGCCAAUUCUCUUUCGGGCAUGGAGACGCUGGAAGGGCCGGCGACGGCAUGCGGGGAGCACGAGAUGGAUUCGGAUUUGGUUUCCUUGAAGAUCAGUUUGCUGGGUGAUUGCCAGAUUGGGAAAACGAGUUUCGUGAUUAAAUAUGUGGGAGAUGAGCAGGAAAAGUGCAGCCUGCAAAUGACAGGGUUGAACUUGAUGGACAAAACGAUGUUUGUUCAAGGAGCCAGAAUUUCAUUUAGUAUUUGGGAUGUAGCAGGUGACAACAGCUCGGUUGAUCAUCUGCCUAUAGCUUGUAAAGAUGCAGUGGCAAUUUUGUUCAUGUUUGACCUUACUAGUAGGUGUACCUUAAACAGUGUUGUUGGGUGGUAUAGUCAAGCAAGAAAGUGGAAUCAGACAGCCAUUCCCGUAUUAAUCGGGACCAAGUUCGAUGAUUUCGUCAGGCUUCCUCCAGAUUUACAGUGGACAAUCAUAACCCAGGCAAGGGCAUAUGCAAAGGCGAUGAAGGCGACCCUUUUCUUCUCGAGCGCGACCCACAACAUCAACGUCAACAAGGUAUUCAAGUUCAUAAUGGCCAAGCUCUUUAACUUGCCAUGGACGCCUGAGAGGAACUUGACCAUUGGUGAACCCAUCAUCGACUUCUAAACGUCUGCCAUUCCCAGACAAAAGCCCAUUUUGUACAUAGUUCAGCAGUUACGAGGAAAACACGAGAGAAGAAAACGAGGAGAGAGAGUCAAUAAGUUUCUGUUUUCUUACCUAAUUCCCCUUAGUUCAUUUUUUGUUGUUGUUAUAUCCUUGAGUUUCAGAAAUCAAAAUUUAAGAAAAAGGUUGGGCAUGUUU